GGCCCGUUAUUAUGACUCAUGUGUUGGCCCCAUCCAAUUUACUGGGAAAAGUAAAAAAGGGCAGAAGAAAGAGAAAUCCGACAAACCUCUAAAUGUGCAUGAAGAGGUUAAAAGAAAAGCAACUGAGAUACUUGGAUCAACGGCUAUUAUUCCAUACAACAAGCCGUGUUCCUCCAUCACCAUUGAAGAAAUUAAUGAUUAAGCUCACCUCUAGUGAGUUUGCAGCAGCUGCAUCUGCUAUCUUAAAAGAACGUAUGCAGUACAUUAUGGAAGGAAUUAUGGAGGAAAACAACUUGGCAGAGGUUCUAGAUGCUGAAGUGGUUUAUGAAGAAGAAGAAGUUUCUGAAGAUCAUGAGAUUGGCUUGGAGGAGCUAGAACAAGCACCUCCUUGGAUAGAUGAUGAAGCCAUCCAUGUUAGAGAGGAGUUAGAAGAAGUGAAUCUUGGAACUUCUGAGCAACCUCAGGUAACUUUUGUUAGUAAAAACCUAGAGGUUGGAUUAAAAACAAAACUAAUGGUACUCUUGCAGGAAUACAAAGAUUGCUUUGCAUGGCAAUAUUCUGAUAUGCCGGGGUUAAGCAGGACAUUGGUAGAACAUCGGCUUCCUAUUAAGCCCGAGUUUCAGCCAUACCGCCAACCUCCAAGAAGAGUGUCAAAAGAAGUUGAAUUAAAGGUAAAAGAGGAAAUUGAAAAAUUGUGUAAAGCAGGCUUUAUUAGGCCUGCUAAAUAUAGUAAUUGGUUAGCAAAUGUUGUUCCAGUGGUUAAAAAGAAUGGAAAACUUAGAAUAUGCAUAGACUUUAGGGACUUAAAUGAAGCAACUCCUAAAGAUAUUUAUGCUAUGCCAAUUGCUGACACUCUUAUUGAUGCUACAGCUAAUCAUUCUCUUUUGUCUUUUAUGGAUUGUUUUGCUGGAUAUAACCAGAUUAUGGUGGCUAAAGAAGACAUCUCCAAAACGGCAUUUAGAUGUCCAGGAUCUAUUGGGACAUUUGAAUGGGUGGUCAUGCCGUUUGGUUUACGUAAUGCUGGUGCAACAUAUCAGAGGGCUAUGAAUGCCAUCUUCCACGACCUCUUAGGUAAAACUAUGGAGGUUUAUAUUGAUGAUGUUGUUGUAAAAUCAAAACUAAUGAAAGAUCAUUUGAAAAAUCUAGAGGAAGCAUUUAGGAGGAUGAGAGUUCACUGUUUAAAACUCAAUCCUUUGAAAUGCGCCUUUGGUGUAAAAGCUGGAAAUUUUUUGGGGUUUUUGGUCCAUGAAAGAGGCAUUGAAGUGGACCAAAACAAAACCAAAGCUAUUCGAGAAGCUAAACCGCCUAGAAAUAAAACAGAACUUCAGAGGUUUCUUGGGCAGGUUAAUUACUUAAGGAGAUUUAUAUCUAAUCUUGCAGGAAAAACAAAAGUGUUCUCAGAACUGUUGAAAUUAAAAAAGGAGGAUGUCUUCAGAUGGGAAACCAUCCAUCAAGAGGCUUUUGAUGAAAUUAAAGACUAUCUAAUGAAGCCUCCUGUAUUGAUACCUCCAAAAAAGGGUAUACCUCUGAGGUUGUACAUUUCAGCAGCCGAAGGUUCAAUUGGGUGUCUGCUAGCCCAGAGCAACCAAGAUGGACAUGAACAGGCUAUUUAUUAUUUGAGCCGUUCGAUGACAUCUACAGAGGUUAGAUACACUCCUAUCAUGAAAUUGUGUCUGGCUUUGUUUUUUGCCUGCACUAAGUUAAGACACUAUCUGCUUAGUAAUAGAGUCUAUGUGGUGUCUCAAACCGACUUGAUGAAAUAUAUGCUAAACAAACCUGUUUUAUCAGGAAAUAUUGGAAAGUGGUUAUUAAGUUUGGCAGACUUUCAUUUGAUUUAUCAUCCCCAGAAGUCGGUCAAAGGUCAGGCUCUAGCAGAUUUCCUAGCCGACCAUCCAUGUAUAAACCUAGGAGAUGAAAGUAAAUUUGACUUACCGGUUUUUAUGAAUGAACAUAGACCUUGGAUGCUUAAAUUUGAUGGGUCUAGUACAGAUAGGUCUGCGGGUGCUGGAAUCAUAAUAGUAUCACCUUCUGGAGCUAAGACCUCCUUGUCUUUUAAUCUUGACUUUGAAUGUACAAAUAAUCAAUCUGAGUAUGAGGCUUUGAUUAUUGGAUUAGAAAUCCUCCUAGAUCUAGGUGCUAAAAAGGUCAAAAUAAUUGGAGAUUCUCAAUUGGUUAUUAGACAAGUGUCUGGCGAAUAUAAAUGCAUGAGUUACUCUUUAACUUCUUAUUAUGCUAUUGCUAUACAGUUAAUAGAGAGUUUUGAAGAGGUUGAAUUAGUACAUGUUCCUAGAGAGGAAAAUUGGGAGGCCGAUGAAUUAUCACAGCUAGCAUCUGGCCUACGUCUGUCGGAGGAGUUAACCCACCGACUAGUAAUGGUACAAAGAAAAACUCACCCUUCAAUUUUUAAAAGAGGAGUACAACUAGAUAUUUUCAAUAUUGAUGAUAACUUAGUACAGGAUUGGAGGAGAGAUAUUAAAAAGUACCUGGAGAAUCCUAGCAAGAAGAUGAUGUAUAAAGUAAGAGUGAGAGCUGUUAACUACGUGCUCAUAGAAGAUGUUUUAUACAGAAGAGGAUUCGACAACCUAUUGCUAAGAUGCCUUGGAACUACAGAGGCACUAGAGGUCAUGAAACAAACUCAUGAAGGAGUUUGUGGAGCACAUCAAUCCGGAGUGAAAAUGAGAUGGCUGAUCCGAAGACAUGGUUACUUCUGGCCAUCUAUCCUAAAAGAUUGCAUGACUUUUGCAAAGGGUUGUCAAUCGUGCCAAAGGUAUGGAAACAUACAAAGACUUCCAGCUGCUGAGUUGAAGUCUGUCAUCAAACCAUGGCCAUUCAGAGGUUGGGCCAUAGAUUUGAUAGUGUUACCCAUGGAGGUGGUGGUGAGGUCAUUGAGAGUAGCUAAGCAGAAUCAUUUGACUCCAGAAGAUUACAAUGAAACCAUGAUGAUGGAGUUAGAAAAUCUAGAAGAAGGGAGACUUCAGGCUUUAAACAACAUGAUAAUACAGAAGAAGAAAGUCUCCAGAAGCUACAACAAGAAAGUUAGACCUAAGACAUUUCAAGAAGAUGAGCUAGUAUGGAAGUUGAUCUUACCCCCUGGUACUAAAGAUAGAGAAUAUGGGAAAUGGUCUACUAAUUGGGAAGGGCCAUUCUUAGUCCACAAGGUGAUGAAGGGGAAUGCGUACUGGCUAUCAAGUCUAGAGGGUGAGCCUCAUAGAAAAUUUAUUAAUGGAAAGUACUUGAAGAAAUACACUCCCACCAUCUGGGAGAAAUACAACUUAGAAAUGACUUAAUGGCUUUUAGCCAUACAUGUACUGCAGAUUAUGUAACUUGUUUUAGCAAUAUCAGUACAUGAGUCGUAACAUUGUGGCUUUUUAGCCGAGUGUAUUAUCAGAUUUUUAGUAGUUUGGCUAUUUUGGCUAAACCUGUACUUUUUCAUUAACUUAUGGAUUUUGGCACAAGAUGUAAUGUAAUGGCUUUUAGCCAUUUUUGAUAAUUAAAAUUCUAAAAUUUGGCUACUUUAGCUAAAUUGGUGAGGCUAUAAUUAGUCGACUAUAGAAAAUUAAUUCCAGAAGUUGGUUCUAGAAGUCGACUCCUAAAAGUUGAUUCCUAGAAGUUCUAGAAGCUGACUUCUAAAAGUGGACUCCUAAAAAUUAAUUCCAGAAGUUUGUCCUAGGAGUUGAUUUCUAAAAGUUGAUUCCUAGAAGUUCAAGUUGACUGGUCAGUUGAUCCUCUAAAAGUUGAUGUCAAGAGUUGACUGUCAAAGGUGGAAAGUCAAACUCCUACUAUGUUUAUAAGUCUCUAUUCUGCUAAGACUUCUUAAACUUUGGCUAACUAAACUAAAGGGAUAAAAAGAAAAUUCAACAACAUUCAACAGCAAACAAAAACGGCCCUGUAAUGCAAUGCAUGGCUGUAAGUGACAUAUGUGAUUUGUUCGUGAAACAAGUCCUGGUAUGGACAUCACAUCACUACACAAGUAUAUGGCAAAAGCCAUCUUCAUACCAGGAACAUAAACACAUAGUGAAAAUGCAAUGCAUGGCUGUACCUGUAAGUGAAUCUUGGUGUGGAACACAACAAGCAAACAAAUGGCUGGAGAGCCAUCUUCACACCAAGACAUUUGAAGUUUAGAAAGUACCUGAAUGGCGUCUCUGUAAUGCAAUGCAUGAACAAGUGAAUAUGUGCAAGUGUACGUGUCACAACAAGCAAGUAAUGGCCAAAAGGCCGUGUGAGAAAAAUAUCGUCUGAGAUAAAUAGAAGGAACAUAAUCCAACAACUUUUGAAGGUACUAAAUUAUUACAACCAUCAACUACUUGACUAGUUCGAUAUACAAAUACUGCUAAAUAGUAUCAAAGUUGGUGGAGGAGUCCUGAGCAGUAUGUGACAAGUGAGAUGGAGGAAAAUUUGAAAAGAGAUGCUACACCUCAGCUUAUCUCAUUAUUAUCGGCAAACGGACUUCACUUUCACAAACUCUGGAUAAACGGCCUAUAAAUUCAUGACAUGAUGUUUCUCUUGGAUGGCGACGUGCAAAUGUUGAAAUUUGAAAAAGACAGGAUCUCUAUAAUCAACAAUGCCAUUUACUUCAUUCUUUUCUCUCCCAUUGGCAAACCCUUCCAAAAGAGGAUAAAUUGGAAUAGUCACAGCUGGCGUGACUAACUCAGAACCUGUAAGUAUAAACUCUACUUAUAAGCAAUAUGCACACUUAUUCAAAAUUGGCGAAAAUAAGCAGAGUAAUUGGUUUUUUUUUAUGAAUUUCAAAACAAGCGAAUCUAAACUAAUUACUUGGCCAAUUUGGUUUUUUAAAUGGUUCAAAGGAAAUUAGAGUGAACAGGGUAUAUGCAGAUGACAAAAUUAGGCCAAAAUGCCAUAUGGCCUUAAAUUUUGUUUAACUUAACUAUUUAGAGAUCUUGUGACUUCUAAAGGCUAAAAGCAAUUUAACUAAUUCAUAGCCUGAGGAAGUUGCAAGAUUUCUAAUACUGCAAUGGUAUCCUAAAAACCAUUAAAAACAAUACCUGCAUAUGAAAAUCCAUUCCAAACAAACAACACUAUGCCAAAUCCAUACCAACCAAUCCACAAAAAACAAGCAAUUAUAAUGAAACUAAAUUUUGCUUACUUGUACUUGUCAAAAGGUUGGAUGUGGAUCACAUGGCAAAGGCAUUAAAAGCUGGCUUCUGAGCCGCAAAGUCAGAGAAAUUGGUGCUUGUAGUUGCCAAUGUAGGAGAUUCUGCAAGAUUUAAAUACAAACAUAUUCAACAAUUCAAAAUCAACAACAAAACAAUAUCAAAGAUUCUGAAAUUUAAUCUUUAUAUGUUGAUUGGAUUACAUUUUCUUGCAAAGGAUUAGUUGCUAUAGUGGGUCUCAAAGGCGGAGUAGCUAUUGACCCGUCUAAAAAGUAAAAGACCGACGGCUUCAGAGAUGAAGAAGCCGUGGUAGAGUCUGAAAUUGACGCUAAAAUUCUUAGCAGUUAAACUCAAUUGUUGACAUUGAUACAGAUUUUGAAUAAUUAAAUUUAAAUGUUGACAUUGACUCCAAUUUUAGGCAAUUAAUUUCAUAAUCUUGCCUGAUAAACCAAAUCAAAGAUCACAUUACGGCAACUAAAAUGUAAGAAUGUAAAUUGAAGAGUUAUACCUGCCGUGAUGGUGAUCGGACUUGUUAAGGUCACCGUCGGGUUGCAGCUAGAGCUUGGCGGGCAAAGCCGCGAGGGAGAUGGCGAGCUGCUGGGCGUGACCGGUUGAGAGUUGCUGAUGACCGUUGGAGCUGGUGACUAUCGUUGCUAGGACGCCGCCGCUGCUGCUAAGACGCGAGACGCCACUGCUGCUGGCAAGGAAAACGCCGUCAUGCCUGGAGCUGCUGGGUACGGUGACGGCGUGCAGCUGGGAGGACUGCCGUUUCUGAGAAGACUGCCGUUGGAGCUGGGUGAGAAGAGCUGGACGGCGAGGAGCGGUCAGCUGGAGUAGCCGGCGACGAGCAGCAGGUUGGAGAGAAGAGCUGCCGAGCGGUGGAUCAGCUGCUGUAGUGCGUGCCGUUGGUGCCACCGCUUCCCUGUUGGUGGCCGGCGGGUGAACCUCCUUUUUCCCAAUUAUUAAUUUAAUUGAUUUGGGCAAAAUUUGGGUUGAGAGAAUAUAAGAUAAAUACAUUAAUUUAAAUUUUU